AUGCCGUGGAGUCAUGGGGUGUCACGGCCAUGCACGCCGCACCUUCAGUGUGUUAUUCUCUCUAUCGUUUAUUUACACUCUCUUUUUAUACCAGCGCUCUUGGGCCAAAGCAUCAUUGCGACUCUUCUUCUCGUUUUGAAUCUUGUUUGUGCCGUGCGGUACGAGAACCAUCGGUGGCGGCAUCUCACAUUACACAGCAGUGACAAUUGGAAUGACGCCAUUUCGGCACGACUUAUACCAGUAAGAAAAGUGUCACUGCUUUCAUUUCUUCUUCCUUCUCAACUGCUGUUGUACGUGAGUCUGGUUUUCUCCUGUCUACAGUUGUUUCUUGCCGCCACCCUUGGUUGGUUGCUUGGUCUAUCAUUCAUGCAGCAGGGGUGGCCAAAGGCAGUGCUGAAUAGCCUUGGAGUGUGGGGAAGAAAGGACGUCCUUCCCCUCGUGGUCAAUGUCGUGUCAUCGACGCUUUUAGCAGCCACAAGUGCAGCGCUUUGUUUUCUACUCCGCAAGCAUCAAUUUCAACCUUCAACGGAGCCAAACCGUUUGUUUCAUCGUAGUUCUCUGUUGUGCCUUGCCUUGCUCGCACCAGUGACCGCCUCUUUAUAUCCCACUUACGACUGCACGCCUCUGUUCGUUGUUCAUUUCUUGUGUAUGAUGUCUUUUUCGAUCUCUUCAUUCCCAGUUCUACGGGUUCGAUUAUUGGAGGUGGCCACGAAAGGAUGUACGGUGGUGAGUCUUCUACUGCUCGCGGGGGGACUGUUGGCGCAGUCACCAGUUGUGCAGAAAAUUGUUCUUGAGCACGGGGAGCCUAUUUAUGUCUGGAGUAUCAUGCGGUAUGAAUGUGAUUGGGCCAAGAUAUUUAAAAGUGCUGCGGUCUUUCGAAGGGGCGCACAAUUUUUGCUCCUGGCGUACACCAUUGUGGCCUCACGUUAUGUGCAUGGUAGUUGGCGCUGCAUAUCAAGACGUGAGUUGGAGGAGCACAGGGAAUAUUUUUAUGAGCCUCCAUUUUUACUGUGGCAACUCUUCUCUGUGCGAUACCCAGCAAGGUUGAGGAAAAUACAGCAGUUUAUGGGAUAUUACUUACCGCUAGCCGUUUUUCCCCUGAUGAUCAUUAUGAGUUUUAUGGUCAUGGAUCUUGUGUCUAUUCUGAUGGUUAUUACAACCCUCUUUGGGUUUUUGUUGCCGUCUGACACGUAUGUGGCGCUGCUUCCAUUCUGUUACGGAGCAAUUGCAUUGGGGAUCGUCUUGGAGUUUGUGGCCACUGUAGACAGCCGGUUGCAACAGCCGUUCUUUAUGGUUUACGCAGCAACUGGUGUGACCGCCUUUAUGAUACGCCUCGCUCAGUGCUUUAUAAACUCUUUGCUCAUCCUGGCUGUCUGCAUGUUUCGUGUGAACCCCAUUCAGGGACAAUAUAGAUCGCUCGCAGAGAAAAAGGCACAAAUUCGAAUGGCAUUUAAUCGCCUCCAGAAUCGCAUUGAUGAAAUACAAUGUAUUUUUAAACGGGUAUGCAAUAGCACCACAGGCACUGUGAACCGUGAAGGAUUUCCUGAGCUUUUAAAGCUGGUGGUACCGACAUCCCGCAUUAGGGAGAAGGAAAUAGACUCACUUUGGCGUUUUUUGACGGAAGGGGAGCCGGUUCUUCUGCAAACAACCCCACAAGUAACCCCAAGAAUAAAUAAGGCCACCCUGGAAUUUGCAGGGCAUGCCGAUGCGGUAAGAAAUCCUUUGAGCCAUUUGUCCAGUGCUCUUCAUGGCGGCCGAAGAGCGUCCACAUCGCGCGAGGAGUCAAACGGCAACCGCGAUGACAAUGAUGAAAAAGGAGAAGAUAUGGAUUUAGAGGCAUGGGAGGAAAUUAAAAACGGCCUUGAUUCCACUUCCUGCAUGGGCGCUUUGGAGACAAAGAGCCCUUCCAGGGAAGGGGAAAAGUCGCUAGAGGCUGCGUUCACAACGAUCUCUUUCCAGGACGUUUCGUCGGGAGAAGACCAAUUUCGCCGUGGUGAGCAUAAAAAUGGUCUGGAAGAAAAAGUGCAACAUCAACAGUGUUCGGGGCGGAACUCAGAUGCGCUUUCGCGUACCAUUUCUGCCGUUGGGUCGCCUGGUGGUACCGUCGCCUACCUUGACUUUCUUGUGCUAGUGAGUAAGAUUGAGUCGUAUCGUAUGCAACAUAGAAACGGGGUGUAUGUAGCGGCGUCAAUGCUAAAACAAAUCAUUUGCCUUAAUGCCUCUACUCUUUCUCUUAUUGCGAUGUUUGCCAUUUCCAUGGCAGUAAAAAGGUUGGAUAUUCUUAAUGGUGUGUACCUUUUGUUUUUUAUUGGCCUGGCAUGCGUCCCAUGGUAUAUGUUGUACUGUUGGUUUAUCAUAGUUGCGUAUACAGCGUUGCAUGUCGCAGUUCGAUUUACUGUCAUGGUCUACAAUGCCAGCUAUCACCCAAAUGAUACACCUUCGUACUGGAUGGAGAUUAUUGGCAUUGAUAUUGGCAAGGAUCCUUUUGCCCUUUUGGUUUACUUUCUUUUACUUAUCUUGGCGGUGUUUCAACUUCGGAUUUCAAGGCAUGAGGCGAGCGGGAAGAUUACCAUCCAAGAAAUUCUUCAACGGAUGGAAUGGCGUCGUUUUACGUCGUGUGAUUUUUUUCCACAGUUUUACCGACAUUUCUUGGAAUUGUCGACGUCGCUGGUGUUAGUGAUGAUGGCGCUUUUUAUUCCUCACAACGUUUUUAUCGCCGGCUUUGCGCUCCUGUUUCUUCUCUAUUUCUCCUUGGGAGCGUAUUCCAAGCUUGCCGAGAGCGUGACGCUGAUCGCUUUAGGUGCCUAUAACGUGGCGGUGUUGCUUAUCAGUGCACUUUACCAUGUACCAGCCAUUUCAAAUUCUUUUGCUGAACGAUUGUCUAACGUUACCGUGUGCCAGAAAAUCACGGUACAGAGGUGUGCGUUGGAUGUUGGUGUCUCUCAGAAUAAUCAGUUUGGUUCCAUGUCGUUGAACCUUCUUCCAUGGUACUUGGCAGCAGCACUCUCUGUUGCCCUUUGCAGGCAUUAUUUUGGGGUGCUUGGGCGUGGGAUAAAUAGGCGUGAGGAGGGAAAUGACGACGAAGGAGCCUCAGUAAGAAUGGAAGAGAUGCAAAACAUGCCUGAUCCUUCGAUUUCAAACCGUCGCGGAGCACGUGAGGAAGAAGAAGAAGAAGAAGAGGUGGCGAUGGUGGUGGAAGUGGCGAGGGAAGGAAAUCAUGCGAUGCGUGAGGAAAGAGAUUUUCUUGAAAACGACGGGAGGCAACGGAUGGGGUUGUUCUUUUGCUCUUACACAGCAACACGCGGUACCUUUAUCGGACGCUGUGUACCAAUGGCGUUUGCGAUAUCACGGUAUCUUUACCUUGUCGUCACCUUCAUUCGAGAAGCUGGGACAGCACAGGGCAAGCUGAUGGUGUGGGUAUCUCUCGCGUAUGCAAGUUUAUCCAACUUCUCCCUCUUGGGGGCGGCCUUCAUGGCACUUUUUCUUCUCGACUCUCGCGGCAUGCCGGUGGUGGCUGUUGCUGUUGCGCAAAUGGCGUUGAACUAUGUGUACCCGUUUUUCUUCAUCCCGGAGGCUCCGCUUUCAGUCAGCAGUAAACGUUUUUUCGGCCUGCAGAAAACGCAAAACGGGGAGAGGCCGAGUAUCCUGCCGCCAAUUCUGGCAUGCGCCAUGGCAGUAUUUUACAUGCACACGGAGAAGGACCGGGCCGCACGGCAUCAAGAAGAUGCACUGCGUCAAGCACAUAGGCUUAAGAAUCCACCUUAUCAUACUCCUUCGACACGCGAUGGAAUGCGGGCAUUUUUCAGAAGCGAGGAGAUUCAAACGCCAUAUGUACCGUUUGUGGCAUCGCGGGAAAAUCGAGAGAGGACGCGUGAAGUGUAUGAGCCUCCGGCUAGGCUUAUUACUCUCAAACAGCAGCUCAUUUUCAUGUGGAACUACUUCCGAACCCGUUUUUUUCUGGAUCUCAACUUUGAACUCACAGUGCUUGUUGCGAGUCUCGGUCUUGCCCUUACGCCGGAUCGUGUUACGGGGCUUGUCUUUUUUGUUGAGUUUAUUCUCAUGUGGUUGAUUGGACGUGUGCGAAGUACAACAGAGAUACGCUACGCCGUGCUCCAAGAGUCCCUCAUUGUGAUUGCUCUCGGCGGACUAUACUUUAUUCGUCUAGGGCUGCCGAAGGGGCUGGUGGGCGUCUCCAUCCUACACCCAGAGGAGUGCAAUGCAUGGGACCAUUAUUGUGGCUGCGGCCUUCCGCUGCAUCACUUUGUCCUCAUGUUUGCACUUUUGGUGUUGCGGCGCUGCAUGCGGCAAAAUGUGGCUGAGGUACGCGCAACGACUUUGUGUGUGGAGGGUGCUUUUGAGCUCGGUGAGCUUCUCCGCAGGAAGGAAAAAGAAGUGGAGGAUUGUCGAAGGCUCCUCCGCUCAGAUAUUGAAAGCGUUCUACCUGCUCCAUCGCGCGAUAUUAUACGGAACCCAAGGACGCUGUUUGAUCUCCUUAUCGCCGUGUCGUGUGCAUGUUUACCAGCUGCAGUAUUUGCCUUUGUGCAGGGCGUCUUGAUGGCGUCACUGCUGGGGGUCGUAGAAAUUGCGGCAUCCCUCUGGAUCCUGGCAUUCAAGCGUUAUCUCGCGUGGCGUUGGCAUAAAGUUUGGCCGUUUUUCAUAUUGUUUCUUUUUUUGACUUUUCUCCCUCAGUUGUUGGCUCGUCUUCCGCUGACACCUCCGCUAAUGACCCACGCGGAGAAUGUGAUGCUUGCGCUCGGCUUUAGUCCCUGGUCACGUGGGACCACGGUGGGACAGGCGAUGGUGCUCUUUUCGGCUGUGUUGCAGCAACGCAUCUUUAGUGAGUUUUUCUUUGCGGCAUAUCUUAUUGGGCUAUGCAGGGGCUCACUGGCCGCUGUGGAGCGGAAUAGGGAGAUGCUGGAAUAUUUCCGUAGGAAAGACGAGGAGCUGCAGUGUCAAGUAGUCAAGGAGGAGGAGGCAUUGAAAAGAAGGCUCGAACAGCUUUUCUCCGAGCGGAACAUGUGUGCGUGCCAAGAUGAAAUCAAAAUUGGGGGUUUGAUGCCAACACAGAGAGUGAACGAGAAGGAAACGAGGGAGGAGAGGGAAUUCUCAAGUGGAGUGGCGCCGCUUUCUCCUAUGAUGGGUUCGGUUUUGAAGGUUCCGUUGAGUGUUUCUGCGCAGUCGGACACUUAUUUCAGUGUCUUGGAUUCCCCAAAGCAACUGACGAAAGCAGGGGCGGCCGUUGACUGCCCUGCCACAACGUUUGACGGGAGGUUGAGUGGCGUUUGCUCAGAAGAACAUGUCCCCCCUGCACGGGAAGACGACAGGAAAGGAGGGAUAUGCAGUAAAAUAUCGAAUGCGAUUGAAUGUUGGUCGGAGCAACUUGUGCAAUAUUUUUCCUUCCGCACUUAUCGUGGAAAGGCACCUCCACGGACGUAUUCUCAGGGGUACCGUGUACUCUUUGCAUUUACUCAAUUUCUUUUGCGGAAAUAUGCCUAUGUGUGCUAUUUCCUGUUUAUGCUUAACUAUGCGCUCAGCGGAACUAUAGUGGAUAUGGUUCUCUCCCUCUCCGCCGCACUCUAUGGGAUGCUUAUUUUACCAUGGUCAGGGAGAAUUUACUGGAGAAACGCUCUUAUUUACAAUGUUUUCUCCAUUCUUGUGAAGUGUGUCAUACAACUUAUCGUUAAAUGGUUUGCCAUGAAUCACAUGGCAUUGAAAAUUGUUUCCGCGUGUGUGCUGGACAUUGGCCUGGACCGGACCGAACCGUCCUUUUCUGCCAUGAAUUUGGACAUUAUUAUGGACUUUGUUCUCUUUGUCAGCAUCAUCAUACAUCGUCAGUUUUGUUUUGAUUACGGCGUUUUUGCUAAUGAGCACGAGGAGCCAUUCAGACCGCAUCGGAUGGAAACGGAAAAGGGGGAAGUCCACAGAAAAAAAAAACAUCACCGCAACGAGGAGAGCACGGCGGGCCGACGUGAAUUGCCCGAGGAGGAUAUGGAUAGAAUUGAUGUUCAGUGUGUUGUGGUUGUUGCAAAUGAAGGAAGACCGUCACGGCAGGCACCAUUGUCAUCAUCAUCAUCAUCAUCCACUCUGGAGUUGCUGGCGAAUAAGCAUGACGAUAAUAAUGUCUAUAAUAGUAACCAUGAUGGAAUUGGUGAGUACAACAACUCAAUGCGUCAAAAAUGGCAAAAGAGAGUCUUCAAAAAAGGUGGAGUGUUGCACAAAUACUGGAACAACAUAUGUGAACGCUAUGGUACUGGAUCAGACUACUACACCCUUCAGUUCUGGGCGGACGGUCUUUCUCUUAUCGUCUUUACCGUGGUUUACUUUCUUUUGGCGGGUGAUUUCCGCGGUAGUAUUCUUUACAGCGUACAGCAAGAUCUUCUUCCCUGGCAAUUGGUACUCAUUCUCUUUGCAGGGGUCAUGUUAAUGGCGGCUGAGCGUAUCGUAUAUGUGUUACAUUCCGUCCAGCUCAAGUUUGUCCUUCAUGUAGUUACGAUAUUGGCGUACCAUGCUAUCUUCAUGCUGUGGCGCCUCACACUCGCCCAUCGGUCGACCACGGCUGCUGUCAUUAUUCUUUUGAUGAGGUUUUUUUCUGGGAGUGUGAGUGCAUUACAAUUGCAGAAGGGGUAUCCUUUUCACCGAAAGCAUGAUCCUUUUACGACACACACGGACAUUUUUCAUUGGCUAGGACAUGUUGUGUAUCGCGCCAUACCAUUUCUUUUUGAGCUGCGGCUUUUACUUGACUGGUCGGUCUCUUGCACGGCGCUAAAGUUGCAGCAUUGGAUGCUUCUUGAAGAUGUGCAUCACACCGUGUACAUGCGCUACGUGGAUAUCAAUGACUUGGCGUGGACAAGCCCAAGGAAGGGACGGCAAUUUCCCUUCUUUGUGAGAAUGUACCAAGGCAUUGUCGGUUUUGCCGCGUGCCUUCUCGUCCUGUUUUUUCCUCUCAUGUUAUACUCCACCUUUAACCCAAACGUCGGUGUAAAUCUUGUGACGUCAUGGCAGACAAAAAUUGCCUUUGGCACUACAUCAAACUUUUACACAGCCACAGCCACCGAGGCUCCCGUCUCACAAAAUUUGGUUUCCAUUCUCUGGGAGCUGUUGCCAUCCCUGCAGCACGAUGAAUUUGGCUCUCAGGGCCUACUGCAGCUGCUAAUGUUUCCAAGGUGCAGUGCGGAGGUGUGGAGCGCCACGCCAGAAACACGGCUGUUGCUGUUAGGUCAACUUAACGCGGCCGUGAAUAAUGAAACAACUUUUUUUAUACAUAAAGAGGAUCAUGUCGUGCGCAUGGAAGUGUCAGCACCAGAGACACGAAGGGUUCGUAGCUAUCAGCGAUACAUGGUUCCUUGGAGUACCGUGGUGAAGCUACGGGAUGCUCUGGAGGGAGCGCAUCUUUGGUAUACAUCUCGGCAUUUGGAAAAACAUCAGGGAGGAGUUCACUCUGCUUCCACGCUGGUGUACGAAAGUGGCGAUUGGAUUCCGCUACCACAGUUUUAUAGUCCUUUUUUGAACAACAUACAAAACGAUUUGGUAAUGAAAAAACACGUGCGGGCAGAUUGUGCGGUUCAGCUGAAUGGCGUUGGAAACAGUGAUGGCAAGACUCCCCCGGUAUUGUAUUGGUGUGUUCGUUGUAACUCCUUUGCUAAUCUGACCGACGGCUCAACCACCAGGACAUGGAGUAUGAAUGGCGCGAAUGAACCUCUGGACAUGGCCGAUAAUGAUAAUGAUAAUGGGGAAGCAAUGCAAAGUAAGGAGACGCUGGUGUCGGACACCAAUGCGGGCAAUAUUACCGGUAUUUUUGAGAUUGUGGCCUCAUCAUAUGUUGCACUCAAUCUCUCCCUUGUUUUUUUGCCGAACAUGGGAAUCAUUGCACUUUACACAACGUUCAUUUUGGCGAUUGGGACCUUUUUACGUAACACCGUCAUGGACCGCGCACAUCGUGUGGUGUUGAUGCAAGUGGCAAACCCGGACCCCAUUGCCGAGUUGCUUCGGUAUAUUUACAUGGCACGUUCCUCAGCAAUUAAUGGGUACGUGGACGGUCUUUUGCUGGAGCAGCAACUUUUUUUUGAACUUGUAGAUAUGCUUCGCUCACCCGAGCGUGUCUUGGCUCUCAGUGGCCGCCGCGUGGAUGACUACGACGGCUGCGGCAGGUUUUGUAAGUACCUGAAGAAGUCGAGUUACCACCCGUUUUGA